AUGGCGUCUCUGCCGUUGUGCGGUUCGGUUCGGAGCCCAGAGGGACUUUCUGGAGACCCUUCUUCACAAGAAGAUCAGGAUUAUGAUCCUGAAGAUCCGGUCAGCGACUCGGGUUCAUAUUCCCCGACGAGUACAGACUCUAAUGACCUUGAGCCUGAAUGGCUGGACAGUGUGCAGAAAAAUGGAGAGCUGUUUUAUUUGGAGUUGAGUGAGGAUGAGGUGGAAAGCCUCCUUCCUGAGACACCUACUGUGAACCACGUCAGAUUUAGUGAGAACGAGAUUAUUAUCGAAGAAGAUGAUUACAGAGAAGGAAAAAAGUAUGAACCCAAACUCAAGCGGUUUACCAAGAUUUUAAAAAGUAAAAAACUUUUACCCAAGCGCUAUAAUAAAAAAAAUAGUAAUGCCAGCGGGCCAGUAUCCAUUCUAAAGCAUCAGUCCAAUCAAAAAACGGGAGUUGUUGUCCAGCAGCAGCACAAAGAUGUGAAUAUCUAUGUAAACCCCAAAAAGCUAACCGUCACCAAAGCCAAAGAGCAGCUCAAGCUUCUGGAAGUACUUGUUGGGAUUAUCCAUCAGACCAAGUGGAGCUGGAGAAGAACUGGAAAACAGGGCGGUGGAGAGAGGCUUGUGGUCCAUGGCCUGCUGCCAGGAGGAUCUGCAAUGAAGAGUGGUCAGGUUUUAAUUGGUGAUGUUCUCGUUGCUGUGAAUGACGUAGACGUGACCUCUGAGAACAUAGAGAGAGUUCUGUCUUGCAUUCCUGGACCUAUGCAGGUGAAACUGACAUUCGAAAAUGCAUAUGCUGUGAAAAAGGAAACAGCUCAACCAAGACAGAAAAAGGCACAGUCGAACACAAGUGAUCUAGUCAAACUUCUGUGGGGAGAAGAGGUAGAAGGUAUCCAGCAGAAUAUUCUAAACACUCCUCACGUCGUUAUGUACCUCACACUACAGCUUGACUCAGAAACAUCAAAGGAAGAGCAGGAAAUCCUUUAUCAUUAUCCAGUUUCUGAGGCAUCUCAGAAACUCCAGAGUGUGAGAGGGAUAUUUCUCACACUCUGUGACAUGUUGGAAAAUGUAACCGGAACACAAGUUACAAGCUCAUCCCUUCUUUUAAAUGGAAAACAAAUUCAUAUAGCUUAUUGGAAAGAAACUGACAAGCUGUUAUUAAUUGGCCUGCCUGCCGAGGAAGUACCUCUUCCUCAGCUAAGGAAUAUGAUAGAAGAUGUUGCCCAAACCUUAAAAUUUAUGCAUGGUUCCUUAGAUAGUGCCUUCUGCCAGGCUGAGAAUGUUCCCCGUUUGGACCAUUUUUUCAGCUUGUUUUUCCAAAGAGCACUUCAGCCCACUAAACUACAUUCGAGUGCCAGUCCCAGCACACAGCAGUAUGAUGCUUCCAGUGCAGUACUUUUAGACAAUCUCCCUGGAGUUCGGUGGCUCACACUUCCCCAGGAAAUUAAGUUGGAAUUAGACACGGCAUUGAGUGACUUGGAGGCCGCAGACUUUGCAGAACUGUCUGAGGAUUACUAUGACAUGAGACGGCUAUAUACAAUUUUGGGGUCUUCUCUAUUUUACAAGGGGUAUUUGAUAUGCAGUCAUUUGCCUAAGGAUGAUCUUAUUGAUAUUGCUGUAUACUGUCGCCACUAUUGCCUACUGCCUUUAGCAGCAAAACAUAGAAUUGGUCAGUUGGUAAUAUGGAGGGAAGUAUUUCCUCGACAUCACCUCCAACCUUCUGCAGACUCAAACACUGAAGUCUUUCAGGAACCUGAAGGGAGAUAUUUUUUGCUAAUUGUUGGCUUGAGACAUUACAUGUUAUGUGUACUAUUAGAAGCUGGAGGCUGUGCAUCCAGAGCCAUUGGGAAUCCUGGACCAGACUGUAUAUAUGUGGAUCAGGUCAAAACAACUCUUUACCAGCUGGAAGGGGUAGAUUCCCGCAUAAAUGAACGGCUAGCUUCUUCUCCAACCCCCUGCUUGUCUUGUGCUGACUGGUUCCUCGCUGGGUCACAUGAAAAAUUAGAUAAUUUAACCACCUCACCUAUCCUCAGUAGGCUGCACAGUGCUUCCAAGGUCGCAACCUCUCCAACAUGCAGAAGAACUCUUUUCGGUGACUAUUCCUUAAAGACACGUAAGCCCAGUCCAUCCCGAAGUGGAGGGCCUGACGGUGGUCUUGAAGGUGAAGGUGUUGGCCUGAGCCCCCACACUACGGAAUCUCAGGGUUCUGAUGGUUCAGAAGAAACUGGGGCCUUGCUUAAGGUCACGAAAAAGAAGUCUACUCUUCCAAAUCCGUUUCAUUUGGGGAACCUGAAAAAGGACCUUUCAGAAAAAGAACUGGAUAUAUAUAACACUGUAAAAUUGACAUCUGGUCCUGAGAACACACUUUUCCAUUAUGUUGCCUUAGAAACAGUGCAAGGGAUCUUUAUUACUCCUACCCAUGAAGAGGUGGCACAGCUGAGUGGCUCAAUCCACCCUCAACUGAUAAAGAAUUUCCAUCGGUGCUGUCUCUCCAUUCGUGCAGGUUUCCAGCAGACGCUGGCUGAAGAGAAAAAGAAAGCACUGAAUGGCAAAGAUCAUUCAGGUUCAACAAAUUCUGUGUCUUCUCUGAACCCUGUGAAAGAACAUGGUGUACUGUUUGAAUGCUCACCUGAAAACUGGACUGAUCAGAGGAAAACACCACCAGUUAUGGCUUACUGGGUAGUAGGGAGACUCUUUCUUCAUCCCAAACUUCAAGAACUUUAUGUCUGUUUUCAUGACUCAGUUACAGAAAUUGCCAUUGAAAUGGCUUUUAAACUGUUCUUUGGAUUAACCUUGUAG